CUUAGGGCCGUGUUCACCCCUGAGGCUGUUCGGUAAAGCUAGCUCCGGCAAACUCCCGCCAUUGUAAAAUUCACAGGAAGUUCGGCCGCAUUGCCAUCUCACAGCAUUCCACAGAGAUACCUUCCUUGAGGAUCAUUGUUGCUGUGUUGCCUUCGCGCGUGACUGGAAAAGGGGCGGCCAUUUCAGUUUUAUCUUGCCUGGUUCAAUCAGAUCUCAUACUUGCGUAAGGAGUGCAGGCUGCUGGGCAGAGACAGCAUGUCUUCAAAUGGACUUCACCUUUGUGAUGGCUGCCACUCUAUUUCCCCCGAAGGCUCACACCAACUGCAACGGUGCGGGAAGUGUAAAUGCAUCCUGUAUUGCAGCGUUGAGUGCCAGAAACGGGACUCACAAGGCCGAGUGCAGCAAGCGCGUAUCAGACGUCGCCACCUGGCGCAUGCGGGACUGCCUGAGAUUGAUCACCGCAAUGGCUAGUAGAGCCCCGAACCCCGACACUCUGCGGAGGCUUGUCCCCACAUUGCGAAGGCUCCGUUAUUUGCUGGAAUGCGAAGGAGGGCGGGAACGAGGGCGACAUCGGGCUGCAAUUACACCAGCUGAGCUACCUAAUGAAGUUGGAAACGUUGCUCGAGGCGCCGGGGUUUGAGCGAUGGCUGCUGAGUCAGGAGCUCAUUUCGCCGCGUGCCAAGCUAUACGCCCUCGAGACGGUCGGCCAGAGCCGCAACGACUACGACUACGAGCGCGAGUCUUGGGCGGAGGACGACCUCAGCGCUUAUCAGUUCUGCUUCUUGUACGCAAAUCUUCUGAAGCAGGCGGCAACCGCCGCGUCGUCCGCGGAACUGCAAGCAAAGGCGCUGCAGCUAUUAUUUGACCACCAUGCAAACAGGAAAGCACGCGACUGCACGGGCGACGCCUACGCGCAGCCGCUGUCCGAGCUGCUCAAGCUGGCAAAACUAGACGCGCCGCUAAAAGCGCGCAUUGUCGCGUGCAAGACGCUGGGCGCCUUAGCUGAGGAGAGUCAGGAGGGGGUCGUAUACGCAGGGGACGCAUCGAACUUCAUCCUGUCGUUAGGGCGGGAGGACUGGGCGAGCCAACCGUUCGAGGAGCUCGAGAGGGCCGGCAAAGCCGUGUUCAUCAAGAUGGCGGACGGCCACCUGACCGGUCGCUUCGGUGAAGAGAUGGACGAAGCGGGGCUGGCGCUCGCGCACAAAAAGUCCGCCGCUUGGGCCGCGGCCGUCGGCAAGGCGCGCAUGCGCGAGCUGGCGACUAGGAUGGGGGACCGAAUGCUCGCGGAGUACUGCGCGGACGAGUUCAUGUGCUACGUCAAGAAGCACGUUGAUUGGGGGAAGGACGACGCGGAAGAAGAGUUUGGGGAGACGUACGCGAAGCUGCUGAAACAGUGGGUGGCACUGGACUAUCGGAGUCCGGAGAAGGAGGCGGCGCGGUGGGAAGCGGCGAGCGACGAGUAUCGAAAGGACAUCACAGACAGAAAGGAGAAGAAAGCUGCGGAGGCGAAGGCUGCGGAGGCGAAGGCCGCCGCCGAGGCUGGGUCUUGAGCUUUUUCGAAGUCGAAGCGGGGAGUUGAGGCGUUAGUGUUGGAGUCAUCUGAACAAGCAUGCCAGCACGUAGGUGGUCUGACUGUACGGGAACGGACAAAGUGUUGGUGGACAACAGUCUGCGCAAGAAUUGCCUCUAACUAGAUAAUGUUCGCAGAGAACGACCGUCGUGGUGCUGAGUCUACCAAGGCAUGCAAACUACUUGAGACCACCUCUCUUCUGAUAUUGCCCGAAG